GACGAUUGGCCAGAAUUUAUUGAGGAAGCUGAGGAAGACGGUGAGAUAGCAGUUCAGUCGGAAGAAGACUGUAUUGAUAGCGAAAGUGACAGCGGCGAUGAAGGAAAUGUGGUCAUAAAAUGUAGCAAGUGUGAAAAGCCGUACCAUCUGAGAGCUUGGUUGAAAAAACACGAAGAAUCUUGCCAAGGAAAAAGGCCUAAAAACAGACGGAAACCCCGGUUGUCUGAACAUCAGAAAAAAACCAGGACGGUGCUGUCUUCCCUCGGAUGUGAGGAAUUUUUCAGUGAAAAGUGCGUACCGAGUUUGGUUACUUCGCUUCAAAAAAUAUCUUCCACGGGCGCUGAAGCAGCUGGUAUUAGAGGCUCCAGAUUUAUUUCUGCCCAGUUGCAGGCAGAAAAACUCAGGUACCAACUAGAGAAAGAAGAGCAAGACGAGCAAGUCACAUCAUUUUUUCGCUUCGUUUGCAACAAAGUUUUGUCCAUCACCUUCUCGCGGGAUGAUCUGGUUAGCUCAUCUAAGAGGCAUCAAGAUGUCGCACAACAUCUAAACCAGUUUCGACGAGACGAGGCACUGAUACUGAAGUGGACCGAACUGUGCCGUUUUUUACGAUUAGAUUCCGUCGAUACCCUGCUUUUACAGAUGACGAUAACCCAGAUUUUUGAGGACAUCUCUUCGUUUCGACAAAGAUCUGUGGUCGACGCGUUGAAAGUCAGACAAGAGUACGCCGGAGAGACGUCCAUCAAGCCAUCCCUCACCACCGUCGAAAGAAAUGUCAUUGGUUACAUCGCUGGUUAUGUGUGUCGCAAAACAAGGGAUCUACUUCAGCGGUCUAACAGUGAAAAGUUCUCAAGAGUGUUGUCAGUUUUGAUUCAGCGGUUGCCAAGGAUGAAAACAGCACCAGCUGCUGCAAUGUCUUUCCCGAAUUUAAUGUCUCUCUCUCUUUCCAGAGGUGGCCUUUCGCUUGUGGAUUAUUCAAUAUUUAAUUUCUUUUGCUAUGUCGAAGUUUCAAUCCGACCUUUUUUAAACUUAGCCAGAUUUCGUUGCAGCACUCGGCGCUCUGACACUGAACUUCUAGACCAGUUGAUACACAAUUCGCCUUUACUUAAUCAAACCUGGCCAUUUACAACAAUACUUUCAUCUGAGGACAACAAUGUGCUUCUUAAACUUUUCGUUUACCUUUACUUUCGAGUGAGGAAAUGGUCGUACCUGAAAACAUACAAGGAGGAGAGAAAAGUGAAAGAAAAGAAAUGCUCC